AUGUCUUCUUUUUUAACUUUUUUUUAUUUGUGUUUUUAUGGCUGUUUACAGGCGUGUUGUGUACAUAGACGUGAUCUAGUCGCUUUCUCUGCCUGUAGAUUGCCUUUUCUGCUUCAGGCAUUUUCUUUCUUUCUUUUUUUGUUUCUCUCUCUCUCUCUCUCUCUCUCUCUCUCUCUCUCUCUUUAUUUAUUUGCUAUUUUCUUUUUUCUUUCUUUCUUCUUUCUAAGCGUCAUUUCCUCGAAUUUUCUUUUUCCUUCUUUGUUCUGUUCCCUUACUUUCUUCGGUACAUUGGCUUCUUUCUUUCACUUCACUUCGUUUCUUUCUUUCCUUCCUUCUUUCUUUCUUUCUUUCUUUUCGUUUUCUUUCAUUUUUUCUUUUUUCCUUUUGUUUUUUUUUUUCGAUUUUUUUUUAUUUUUCUUUCUUUUUUUUUCUUUUUCUUUCUUUUUUUCUUUCUUCUGUGCGUCACUUCAUUGUGCUUUCUUUUUCCUUCUUUCUUUUGAUAACUUUAUUCUGUACAUUUCUUUCUUUCUUUCUUUCUUUCUUUCUUUCUUUCUUUCUUUCUUUUCCCUUCUCUUUCUUAGUUUAUUUCUUUUUUCUUUCUUCUGUACCUGCUUACAUAAAACCCUUCUUCUUUUUUCCUCUCUCUCUCUCAAAAUUUUCCUUUCUCCCUUUUCCUUCUGUCUUUCCUUCCUUCCUUUCCUCUGCGACUACUUCCAUGUGUUUUCUUUUGCUUUCUUUCUUUUGUUCUCUGACUUUCUUUUGUACAUUUCUCUCUCUCUCUCUUUCUUUCUUUCUACUAUCUCAAGUUUCAGUCAAGUGAUUUCAACAUUUCCUUUCAUUCUUUUGCAUUUUUCUUUCAUUUUUUCGUUUUCUUUUCAUUUUUACAUAUUUUCAUUUUUUAGUUUUUUUUCAUUUUUCGAUUUUUUUUAUAUUUUUCUUUCAUUUUUUGUUUUUCCUUCAUUUUUUACUUUUCCAUUUCUUUUAAUUUUUCAUUCAUUUUUCUUUUUCUUUCAUUGUUUCGUUUUCUUUCAUUUUUAUUUUCUUUUUCAUUUUUCAUUAAUGUUUCUUUAA